ACUCUUCUCUCCUCUUCUGUUUCUUAGCCUCUGCCCCAUUUCUCUCAACUUUUUCGUGCUGUGGGUGGUGGGGCUUCGAUUGCGGCUCUCCGUGGCGGAAUCGGCACUGGAAUCUUGGGUGAAAAAGGAAUUGGGAGGCCAUCGGAUCGACCAUGGAAUCCGAUGCGUGGAGCCGAUUCUCCGCAGCCGCGUCGAAGCGCCAACAGGCCGCGCUGCAGUCGCGUUACGUCGACGCAUCUCGAGAUCCCAAUCUUCGCAGCUGGAGAGAUCUGUUUCUCGGGUACGAGGAGUUUGAUGGCGUUGAGGAUGAUCUCCGCGCGGAGUUCCCCUGCCCUUUCUGCUCCGACGAUUUUGAUAUCGUCGGCAUCUGCUGUCACAUCGAUGACAAGCAUCCCACGGAGGCUAAAGAUGUGGUAUGUCCUAUUUGUGCGGCUAGUGUAGGAAUUGACCUGAUUGGACACUUGACAACACAACAUGGAAGUUUCUUCAAGAUGCAGCGUAGGAGAAGAUACCGUAGAGGAUCAUCAGCUUCUCAUACCAUGCUUUCCCUAUUACGAAAGGAUUUGAGAGAAGGCAAUUUACAAGAUCUUCUAGGUGGAUCCUCCUAUAUGGCUCCUCCAGCAGCAACACCUGAUCCAUUUAUAUCAUCCCUCAUGUACACCUUGCCUUUGGGUGAAUCGUCGUUGCCGUUGAAUGAAUCACCAAAAGAUGCACAUGCAGACUCCUUUAAUGAAGGGAGCCUUACUGGCACUAAUUCAGAUGAAAAAUUGGUUGAGAGGGUUGAACCAUCCCUAACCGACAAGGAUCAGAAAGAGAGAGCUCGAAGGAGCAAAUUUGUACAAGAGCUUGUUCUGUCUACCAUAUUCGACGACACAUUGUGAGGCAUAAAUUUCAUGGGUGACAGUAUUCAGAAUGCUUGAUGAAAACAGAUAAGCAUGUUAGGAGACAGAAAAUUCUUGCUAUUCAUGAGCAUCAUUCUAUUCAAGUACUUUAAAAUAAAAUCUAUAUAUUUAAGCAGUCCUUCUGGGGAGGGAGGAGAGAACAAUGUGUAAUGUGUGGUUUUACUUAGUUCUUGAUAUCUUUAAGAGACAUUAUGGUAAGAUUGAACAUGAACAGCCACACAAUAGGCGCUUAUUUAUAAUGAAAGAUGCUUUGAGCAUUUAUCUUGUUUAA